AUGGUCGAAGAUACGAAAGAAGAUAAAAAGAGUGAGCCAAAAACUCCUCUUCUAUCUGCUAAUCUUUCUUAUCCAACUCGUCCAUAUAUUGCUCAAAUGCCUGCUUUAAUGCGUAUCAUAGGUCAUUAUACAGAUUCUGGUCGAUCAAUGCCAAAUGCUGGCUCAUCAGAAGCAGAAACAGCUAUUCGUAAUCAACAAGAAGAUGAACAAGAACAACGACUUGUUUAUAAUAAAGAUGUUCAACCUAUAGAACAUAUUAAUCCAUUUGUUCGUUGGCAUCGACGUUGGUAUCAUAGUAAAGUUGUUGAACCAACGCCAACUAUUGGUCUUUAUUAUUCACCAUUUAAUAUGGCUAUUGAACCUUGGGCUAUGGGUUUGGGUAAUAUGGGAUGUGCUAAAGUGUUCAAACAAUAUCGAAUGUGUACUCAUAUGAUGCCAAGUACUCAUCGAUAUUUAUGUCAAGAUGAAAAAGAUGAUGUCAAAGAAUGUGUGCUUGCUGAAAAACGAAUCCUUCGCCAUCAAUAUAUGUAUCAACAUCGUGUGAAGAAAAAUUUACCAUUUCCUGAAGAUCCAUUGGUUGAUGGAUACAAUUGGCCUUCAUUUAAAUAUUUGAAUUGA